CCUAAAAUAUCUGUCGCCGCACUUCAAAUGGAGAAAGUCUCAGAAGCCAUCAGGCGGACUAAAACUCCUUACGUCGAUGUCUGGAUCCAAGAAUUGCAGUCUGGCUCGAUGGACGCAAUCAUAACUCUUUUAUUAGCCCAGUUGUCCAAUUUGACUUCUCUCCACCUCAGACCGAACUACCUGAUCGAUAAUCAAGCUUUGGGCAUGAUGCUUAGGCUCGCCCUUUGCAGCCCAUCAGAAUAUCAACUACCCCGAUUCCAAAAUCUUCGGUAUGUCAACCUGGAUUGCUGGCCAGAUGACUAUCGACCCGAAGAAGUCAAAAAUACCAUGGAUAUGCUUCCAUUCUUCUAUCUACCAAACAUUCGGUACCUAUCUACCGUUAUCCAUAACCCGGCCGAAUUCGAGUGGCCGGCGGAAGCACCCGCCCCUACAUCGCUUGUGUCAUUGAAUUUGGGCAGGUGGCGGGAAGUAUGGCUGGGAGAUCUCAUCGGCGUCCUCAAGGGCGUCCAAAAAAUAGAAUGGCGAUGGUUUCAUCGUGAGGACAUUGACCCAGAAAUUUGUGAGCCUGUCAUUGACCUCGACAAAAUUGGUGCGGCAAUGUAUUCUGUUCACGAAACACUGAAGGAUUUGACCAUCACAGCUGAAUCCCUGGCUGUGAAUUUCAUCGACCCUCCUCUGGUGAUAAAAGGCUCGCUGUAUGACAUGACUCGUCUUGACAAGCUAGAGCGGCUCCAAAUACCAUGGAUCUUCAUCAUGGGGUUUUCGCCAUCCUCGGGCAAGCAUUUGGGGGGUGCAAUUCCUAAAAGUACCCAGUUCCUCACUUUGACGGAUGACUUGUUUUAUGAUGAUAAGUCUGAGUGGGACCAGGUCGAGAUCUUAUUCUGCUCGCUCAAAUCAGAGCUAGAGUUAGAAGACAGGACAGAGGUUUCAACUCCUCUUCGACAUAUGACUCUGCAACUGUUCCCUUUACGGGAAUUGAGCGUCGAUAGAAAGGCCGAACUGGAACACAUCAGUAUUCAAGCUGGAAUAGAGUUGACUUGGACUAGGUGA